CUGCUGCUGACGUAUAGUACUCCUCGACCCGAUGAAUGAAUUAAUAAACAAAGUAUUUUGUAGGUUAUCCAAUUCAAAAAAUCCCUGAAUCCUAAUUAAAUUGACCUUUUUAUUAUUUUAUACCCAACCGAAAAUGCAUCACAGAAUUUUAGAACUUUACAGUGGAAUUGGGGGCAUGCAUUGUGCUUGGAAUGAAUCCGGUCUCAAUGGUGAAAUAGUAACUGCAGUAGACAUAAAUACAGUUGCCAAUGAGGUGUACAGGCAUAACUUUCCCAGCACAAAUCAGAUCACCAGAAGCAUUCAGUCUAUGUCAGUAAGGGAGAUUGCCCAAUAUAAUGUGAACGUUAUUCUCAUGUCUCCCCCAUGUCAACCAUUUACAAGGAACGGUAAAUACCUAGACGACAACGACACUAGAGCAGACUCCUUCCUUUAUCUUAUAAAUAUUCUAGACCAACUUGAAACAGUUGAAUACAUUUUAAUGGAAAACGUGAAAGGUUUUGAAUGUUCUAUAGUGAGAAAUAUUUUUAUUAACAAACUACAAGAGUGCAAUUUCAAAUUGCAAGAGUUUCUACUCAAUCCUAUUUCUGUUGGAAUGCCUAAUUCUAGGCUUCGUUACUACUGCAUAGCAAGACGAAGUAAAGAACCUUGGAAAUUUGAACCACAAUCAGAAAUAGUGGAGAACCUUCCAGGACCAUUCAGUGACCCAUAUUGUUUAGAAAGCAUUGUGGAGGAUGAAGUUUCCGAAAAAUUCUUAUUAAAUGAUCAACAAUUACGAAGGGCUAACGUUCUGGACAUAUGUCAUAGGGAUUCAAGAAGAUCAUGUUGUUUCACAAAAGCUUACUCACAUUACAUGGAAGGAACGGGUUCUGUGUUUACAGAGGCUAGCAGAGAAACUGUCAAAGAGUGCUUUAAAAAGGCCAAUGCAUCAGAAGUCAGUAGUCCUGAAUUCAUACAAACUAUGAGAGAACUUAAAUUAAGGUUUUUCACUCCAAAAGAGAUAUCAGCCCUAAUGGCGUUCCCAAAGGACUAUAGUUUCCCACAAACAGUAACCAUAAAGCAAUGCUACAGAUUAUUAGGCAAUAGUGUUAAUGUCAAAGUUAUUAGUGAAUUAUUAAAAAUAUUGUUUGAUUGAUUAUGAAAUUAUACUUUUAUAUCUAUGA